GUUUGCUGAUCAUCCUUAUAGCCCAUUCCAUCCCUCAGAUAAAAUUGGCCCCUUGAUACAUCAACAUAAAAAAAAUGCAGAGCUAAAUAGAAAGAAGAGAAUGCAAAUGUAUGGGAAUCAAUCUCUAAUGUCUCCGAAUCAGACUUUUACAAGCAGCUCAAGAAGAAGAGAUAGUAGACAAAAUUCAGGAUCGCCAUCGUCCUCUAAACAGCCCUGUAACUCAAAAGAGAGUACUGCCAUUGGAAAGAGAUCCGCUGUUGCAAACAGAAAGAAGUCUAAAAAUCAAGGCGAAAGCUACCAGACAGUCAUACAUGAGGCCGAGAGCUACUUAGAAGAUACAGCUCAGUUUAGAAAGGAAGAGGGGAAAUAUAUGAGAGUGGAAGAAAAGAACUAUCGGACUGAUAAAAACAAGUCUUCUAAAAGACGAGGAAAGAAAUCAACGAUUCAUAUUGAAAGACAGACUCAAAGAUCAGCUUCAAAAAAUAAACAGAGAUUUGGGAAGAAUAAAGAAAGAAGAAUUGAAGAUAGAGUCAAAGAGCUGACGAAAGAAAUCAGUGAAUUAAGGAAACAGAAAGGUGAUUUGAAUCUUAGAUUUGAAAAGGCUAACUCCCAACUAAAUGAUCUUCAGCCAAAAUAUGAUAGGGUUCUGAAAGAAAAAGAACAGUAUAAAAAUUUAGUCCAGCAAUCAAAUAAGACAAAUAACAGCUAUAAAAAAGAAAAUGAAUCUUUUGGCGAUUUGAUUACAGCGUUAAACAAUGUUGCAUACCAACUUUCUGUUUUUUUGUGUAAAUAACUUGGAAAUGGAAAAGAAUAAAAUGAGCAACGAUCAAGAUCAUAUUUAUUAUUCAAAUAAAGUUAGAGAAGAUACACCUGUUAUUCAGCAUUUUCAUGAUAGUUCAGCUUUUCAUUCAUCUCAGCCAAUACAAGAAAACAUGUAUAAUAACGCCUAUCAAGAAGGUGUUGAAAAUGCCCAAAUUUCUAUUCAAGAUAAAGAAAAGCAGGAAUUGCUAUCUAUUAUCUCCAACUUCACCAAGAACAUAAAUAAAAGACACUCAGUUAACAUUCUCGAUAUGGUCAGCUUCCCAAACGACCUCCUAAACGAGUUCCCUCAACUAUUCGAAUCCCUGUCAAACUCUCCGCCCCACUUCCCUAAUGAUCAGCUACAAAAGUACGAAAAUCCUCCAAGAAACUCUCAGGACUUAUCAAUAUCUCAUCUUAGACCCAAUGUCAGCAUAAAUUAAGUCUAUGAAGAAUACCUACUCUGGGCUCGAACUCUACAAAACUGGGACAGAAACCCCAAGGAAUAUGAGCAAAUAUGGCCACUAUUCGAUGAACCAGAGUUUUAACAACGGGAGAAAUUCACAAAGCGCACUUUUGAAAGGAAAGUAUGGCCUAGAUAGUCAAGAGAGAUCUCAUUAUAUUGCUCAAAAUGAAGAAUCCGGAUACAUCUCCCCAGUUUCACCAGUCAAACAACUAUAAUCCCAAUAUUCACUCAAAUAUCUCAAUCUCGCCCAAA